UACGCCAUCUGCGUCAAGGUGCCAUCGUGGUGAUCGUCUCGUGCUCCCUGAUUGCCCUCGUCGUCGUCGUGGCCAUCAUUGCCAUUGCAAUCCGCUGCUACAUGACGCGCCAUCAACCAUCGCCUCCACCGCCUCCGAGACGUUCACCAACUACGGCUCGGCUUCUGCCUGACACGCCUGAACUGUGUACUGUCUCCACUCAACCGGAUGUUGAGAUGACGAGACGUACUGCCGAAAUUGGUCUACAAGCAGUUUCUGAAGUUAGGGAUGUCGCCGUUGCUUUCGAAUCUCGUUUUGGCAACUGCACGUCUUCCCUGCAUUUUGAUUGCGGCGCCAAUGGGUCGCUGUGUCUGCACCAAUCUUCAUUGAUUGAUUUCGACAAUGUGACGAUGCAGUGUAUCCAUGGAGGUACCUCAAGUCGUUGCCUCUCACUUUGCCAGUAUUUUUAUCCUGAAGAACCCAGAGUUUGCGCACCGCGAUUGGUUUCCCGACAAGCCGGUUCAUCGACGGCUCGUUUGUCUCCUAACGUCGAUCAUACAUUGUCAACGGACCGAUCGACAGAGCUUGGAAAGGAUUAUCGUGGGCCAACCAUAUAUGUCCUAUUUUUCUCCGUCGUUCACGUUGCCCUGAUUUGUGGCUGUGUGGCGUCAUAUCUAAUUUUCUGGAAG